AUGACAACCACUGUCACAUCGUCAAUUUUUUUUUCCCUCAUGGUUGUUUCGCAACUUCUCAGACAGCGAGCUUUCCAAGCUCAUGCGUUCUGCUCUCUGAACUGCCGACAACAGAAAUUCCCCAGCACAAACAAGCAAUUCAUUCGUCUCCUUGCUAGCGCUACAGGCACCCAAUACACGGAUGAAGCACUGGGAGAAGCCAGGCGAAAACUAGAGGAAGCAGUGAAACUAUACGAAGCGAAUGUCAAAGCAACCCCGCCAAAUGUUGACCUAAUUCUUCGCGAGCUGGAGACUGAAGCAAGUGAACCAGACUUUUGGGAGACUUCGAACCAAGCACGAAACUCCCACGUAACAUCACAGAUCAGUCGUUAUAGUCGCAUUGUAGCAAGAUUAAAAGAAUGGGAAAGUCUAAAAGGGGAUGGAGAGGUAGCAGUGGAUAUGUUGCUGUCAGAAGAUGCCGAUGACUUCUUUUCAAUCGAGGAGAAAGAAUCCCUUUUGGAAGAACUCAAGGUGGCCAGCGAAAAGCUACUGGAAGACGGCAAACGAUACGAGCUAGAGUUGUUACUGAGCGGGCCAUAUGACGACCAACCUUGCAGAAUUCUCUUGACAGCUGGAGCGGGAGGUACGGAAGCCAAUGAUUGGGUUGCUGACCUUCGGCGCAUGUAUGAACGACACGCUUCUAAGAUGGGUUUCGCCGUAACGCUGGAGGAUGAGCAAGCAGGAGAAGUGGUUGGGUAUAAAAGUGUCGAAUUAAUCGUUGAUGGUGGAGCAAACCCAUACGGGUGGUUCAAGGGAGAAAAGGGGGCGCACCGCCUGGUGCGGCUGUCCCCUUUCAAUGCAAACAACAAACGACAAACUACUUUCGCGGGAGUUGAUGUGGCGCCCAUCUUUGUCGACGAAGCAACUUUUGACGACAUCGAUAUUCCCGACAGUGAAUUAGAGAUCACCACCAUGCGAAGUGGUGGAGCGGGUGGGCAAAACGUGAAUAAGGUCAACUCGGCCGUCCGAAUCAAGCACCUGCCCACAGGAUUGGCUGUAAAGUGUACACAAGAGCGUAGCCAGGCGAUGAAUAAGGACAUUGCAAUGAAACGAUUAAAGGCUCAGCUCUUGGCCAUUGCCAAAGAACAAAGAGUCGCAGAAAUCAAGGAAAUUCACGGGGAUCGAGUCGAAGCUGCCUGGGGUCAACAAAUUCGAAACUAUGUUCUCCACCCUUACAAGAUGAUUAAGGAUCAACGGACAGGCUGGGAGACUAGUAACGUGCAGAACUUCCUCGAUGGCGACUUGGAAUCUUGUAUUGCUGAACUCCUCCGACACAAUGCCCAAGAAGAACAGGAUGCUAGCCUGCAAGAACCAUCGACAGCGCAAUAG